AUGAGUCUCUUCGUCGAUAUCGUCACUCCCAACGGUCGGAGCUACAAGCAGCCCACCGGUCUUUUCAUCAACAACGAAAUUGUGUCUGCAACUGGGGGCCAAACCAUCACCUCGAUUGACCCCGCUACAGACAAGCCCAUAGCCACUGUUCAAGCCGCUAGCGCCGAAGAUGUCGACCGCGCUGUGAAUGCCGCGAAAGCAGCUCUGGCCGAUCCCUCAUGGAAACAACUCCCCGCCACGGAGCGGGGCCAACUGAUGGCCCGCCUCGCUGAUUUGAUGGAAGAGAACAGAGAGCUGUUAGCAUCGAUUGACGCGUGGGACAAUGGCAAGCCUUAUCACGUCGCCGUCGAUGAAGACCUCACAGAGGCAAUCACCACGAUUCGGUAUUACAGUGGAUGGGCCGACAAGACCUUCGGUCAAACCAUCAACACAACUCCCCAAAAGUUUGCUUACACAAUUCGCCAACCUAUCGGCGUGGUUGCCCAGAUCAUUCCCUGGAACUACCCUCUGUCCAUGGCAACCUGGAAGCUUGGUCCCGCUUUGGCCUGUGGAAACACAGUGGUGCUGAAGCCUGCUGAGCAGACGCCCUUGAGUGCCCUCAUUCUCGGAACUUUGAUCAAGCAAGCUGGCUUCCCUCCUGGUGUCGUCAACAUCGUCAAUGGCUAUGGCCGCGAGGCAGGCGCCGCGCUCGCCGCGCACCCCUCAGUGGAUAAGGUUGCAUUCACAGGAUCCACGGGAACAGCCCGGGAGAUUAUGAAGAUGGCCGCCGGUACCCUCAAGAACAUCACCCUUGAGACUGGUGGCAAGUCUCCCCUUCUCGUGUUCCCAGAUGCGGACAUGGACCAAGCUGUCAAGUGGUCGCACGCCGGGAUUAUGUCUAACAAGGGUGAGAUCUGCACCGCCACCUCAAGAAUCUAUGUCCACCGCGAUAUCAUCGAGUCCUUUACUGCCAGCUACAAGGAAGCAGUUGAGAGCGUGAAGAUCGGCGACCAAUGGGACGAGUCAGUCUUCCAGGGCCCGCAGGUCACCCGCGCCCAAUAUGACCGUAUCCUCUCCUACUUUGAGAUUGCCAAGAGCGAAGGCGCUCAAAUCAUCACCGGCGGUGCUGCAUACAAGCCCACUGAUGCCAAGAACGCAAACGGCUACUUCAUCCAACCCACCGUGAUCACCAAUGCCACAGACUCCAUGCGCAUUGCUCGCGAGGAGAUCUUCGGACCCGUCGUUGUGAUUUUCCCCUUCGACGACGAAAAGGAUGCGAUCCGUCGCGCAAACGACACCACGUACGGCCUUGGUGCGUCCGUUUUCACGCGCGACUUGGAACGCGCGCACCGUGUGGCUGCGGAGAUUGAGUCUGGUAUGGUGUGGAUCAACAGUAGUCAAGAUUGUGACCCCCGUAUUCCCUUCGGUGGUGUGAAGCAGAGCGGUAUCGGACGCGAGUUGGGAGAGGCGGGCCUAGAGGCAUAUAGCCAGGUCAAGGCUGUUCAUGUCAACAUGGGCACCAGGCUAUGA